AUUUAUUAAAUCCUGCAAAGAUGCCAAAUACCUACGUGAUAAAGAGAGUGUUGACCGAUAUGCUCGGAAAGGAGUUCACCAAUGAAGAGUUUGAAGAUUUGUGCUUCGAGUACGGCCUCGAAGUUGAAUUCACUGACACCAAUGAAAUGAAGAAGAGAAAAGAUGACACAGAAGAGACUGAGGAGAAGGAAGAAGAAAAGAAAGACAAAAGCAAGAAAGCUAAGAAAGGAAAGAAGAAUAAGAAGAAUGUUGAAGAAGAGAAAAACGAGCCUGUUUAUAAGGUAGAAGUUCCAGCUAAUAGAUAUGACCUCCUCUCUGUUGAAGGAAUCGCAAUGGCCAUCAAGGCUUAUCUUGGAUUGGGUGAUUUACCAGAGUAUCUGAUUAAAAAUCCUGAAAAUCUGGAGAAGAUUACAGUCCUUCCAGAAACUAAAGAUGUCAGACCUUACUGUGUCUCAGCGAUUGUUAGAAAUGUCACCUUCAAUGAAGAGUCCUAUAACUCUUUCAUUGAUUUGCAAGAUUUGCUCCAUCAAAAUAUUUGCAGAAGAAGAAAAUUAGUGGCUAUGGGAACCCAUGAUUAUGACAAUAUGGAAGGUCCAAUUACCUACGAAGCAAGAAAGCCAGAGGAUAUUAAAUUUAUACCACUUGGAGAGACCAAAGAAGUUGAUGGACAUGAGUUCAUUGAGAUGUGCAAGAAAGACAAUUAUAUUAAAAAGUAUGUUCCAAUCAUUGGAGAUAAAGAGAGAUUCCCUGUUUUCUAUGACAAAAAUGGUGUUGUGCUCUCCUUACCUCCUUUGAAGAACUCAGCAGCUACUGCAAUUUCUACAGCCACUAAAAAUGUAUUCAUUGAAAUCACUGCUACUGACCACAAGAGAGCAAAAAUUGUAUUGGAUAUUUUGACAACCCACCUUUCUCAACUAAGUUCUGAUAAGUAUUGAAUCGAACAAGUAGAAGUUGAAUAUCCAGAUGGUGAAAAGACACAUAACCCAACUCUCAAGGAGAACACUUUCGAAGUCAGCCUCGAGUACACCAACAGACUCCUUGGACUUCAGCUCACUACUGAGGAAAUUGGAAAACUUGUAGUUAAAAUGGGAUUAAAGAUGGUCUCUCACACCGAUGACCACUUCACUGUCAGCAUUCCAGUUACUAGAAAUGAUAUACUCCAUGCAUGUGAUAUUGCUGAAGAUAUUGGUAUCGCUUAUGGAUUCAACAAUAUUGAGACUAAGCUUCCAUCAACUCUGACUACUGGAAAACCAUUGCCAAAGAAUAAAUUCAGUGACUUAUUAAGACAAGAACUUGCCCAAGCAGGUUUUGUUGAAUGCCUCAACAUGGCCUUAGUCUCUGAAUUUGAUAUCUUCCAAGGUCUUAAGAAGGAGCAUCAGACUGGAGUAUCAGUCAAGCUUGCCAACUCGAAGACUAUUGAGUUCAAUUAUUGCAGAAAUUCCUUGAUCCCAGGACUCCUGAAAACCUUGCACUCCAGCAUGAAAGAAAAGCUUCCUCAUAAAGUCUUUGAAGUGCAGGAUACCAUUCAUAUUGACGACACCAACGCUAUCGGAGCUUCGAACAAAAGAACUCUAUGUGUAAUGCACUCUCACUCUGCUAAGUCAGGAAUUGAUGUCAUUCAUGGCAUCCUUGAUUUAGUGAUGCUCAAGUUCAAUAUUAUCAACCAUGAGAAGAAAGGUUACUCUAUCCAACUGUCUGAAGAGCCAACCUUCCUUGACAACAUGCAAGUGCAAAUCUCAUUCAAGAAUAAGGUAAUCGGACAUAUGGGUAUUGUCCAUCCUGAUGUCCUCAAGAACUUCAAGAUCAAGUACCCAGUUUGCGCCCUUGAAAUCCACAUGAACGAGAUCUUCGAAGAAUUUGAACUCACUGCUUAAGUCUAUUCAAUACAGAA